GAAUAAAAUGAGUUGAUAAGCUGAUUCCUUUGCGUGCUGAAACAAAAGGCCUAAACAUUUAAGCUAUUGUGCACUGUUAAGGAAUUAUCCAAAAUAUGCCAGGCAAGCACGGCAGAUAACCACGUUAGGAGAGUCAUCAUCAGCCGAGCCGAGCAGCAGAGCGCCAGAGAGGGAGAGAUUUUUCUUUAGGUGCUGAUAGGUGGGAAUGAACAUGGCUCUGAGCAUGGAAUAAAUGAUGGAAUGAUAAAGUGGAGAGCAUAAUGCAAUACUGAAGUGCUAGCAGAAAUAUUAUAUUCUGUGACAAGAUAGGUGUACUUUUGUGAUGAGUAGAUGAAAAAGUAAAAGACAGCCGACCAGUGUCAGUGGGUUUCCACAGCUGGAGAUUCCUAAGCCUUUCGACAUCCAGCAUCAAUGAGCCCUCAAGUAAAGACAUCACCGCUUCACUGCACAGGAAUGUCCUGUCAUGGGGUGUGUGGUGGGGGCAAGAGGCGAAGGAGAGUGUGUCUCUUAGAGCAAUAACACAGUCCGCCUACUCUCAGACUGCAGAUAGUGGAUCCUUCAGUGGAGUUUCCAACUUGUUUAAGACUGCAAGUGUCCCAGGGAAAGAGUGCACAGGCAGUGUUUUCUUCCAUAACCAUCACAGCCCGGAAGGUCCAACCAUCACCUUCUAUCUCAAAGGACUUUUUGUGUCCAUCUGCUCCAACACGGCCUGUGAAUGUAUCAACUCUUCCAGAACUACCUGAAACCUUUGGAAAAAGAGCUGUAUCCAUACCCACCAUGAGAGUCUCCAACUCCCAACCGGACCCGAGCAGACAGAAUCCUACUGUCUUGAAGCCAAAUGAGUUCAGACAGGCCUACUCACCAGCUGAUGGAUUGGCAGUGAGAGAUCCAGGAAAGAGGAAAGUACAGCUUGUACAAUGCAGAGUGAGCUGCACAGAGGAGGGCAGAAAGCAGGAAGCUAAAGGUGGCUCAGUAAUGAACCUGUUUUCCUCACAGCCUUCUUACCGAUCUUGUAUCCAUCAUGAGGUGCCUCUGAGGUGCUCCAGCUCCGUUGUGUUUUUGGACAAGUCACUUUGUAUUUCUCUUGACGAACUGGAGGGAAGAAGAGCAGGUCAGCCCACUUUGUAUAGGUCUGCUUUGUCUGUUCGCCUUAGUGCCUCAUCCUGCCGGAGAUCCUCCACAGAUAACAAACCAACCAAAACAAAUGAGGGUUACAGGAGAACCAGAGCGGCCAUGUUGGGCAGCAACAAACGCAAUGGCCGAGAGACUACUUCGGGUCACUGCAGAGGCCCUCUAUCAAAGCACUGGGGCCGCAAGGUCGAGCAAACAGCAUCCGCUCGUGGUGUUAACAGCAAGGCUGAUGCUGCAGACACGCAGCACCACAGCGCUACUUUGGGAAUAUUGGCAUUCAGAGGGCCAAGUCCCUCAAACACAAAGGCUGGCAGGCAGAAGGGGAAUGCAGAUGAGGCAGGCUUCUCUGCUCGGAGCAAUUUCAGGCGCAGGCAGAACACUUUCAAUCCUGGCCCAGUGGACUCCAGAACGAGUAGCAAGGAAGCAGAAAAUGGAAAGAAAGACAACGGACGAGAAGAGGGCUGCUCAACAGAAUCCCACACAGUUUCCACUUCAGAUAAGACCUCUUGUUCCGACUCCCAACAGAGGACUGAUCCUCUGGAAGGUGCACGCAAGACUCUCAGCCUCAAAGAGGCUUUGGAGCUCUUCAGGCCAGACUUCAUCAGCCGAUCUCAGGGUCGGGUGAGGAGGUUGGAGCAGAGGGCAAGGAGAAGGAAAGCACUGCAGGACUCCAAUGCAGACCUGGUGCAAGGCCUCAGGGAGGAUCGAGGCACGCAAAAGAAGAACUGCACCACACCGGACCCACUUAGUGAUAACCUUUUCAAGCCUAGAGAGAGGUCUAUAUCAGGCAGAGAGAUGCAGCUGAGGUCCAGACGAAUGUACAACAAGCUGCCGGAGGUGACAAAGAAAAAGGAGGAGGAGAAAAAGAGGGCUGUGUCACAAACGAACAGACUGCGAGCAGAGGUCUUUAAAAAGAGACUUCUGGACCAGAUUCUGCAAAGAUAAACUUGACGCUGAAAGGAAAAUGAGGUCAAUUCACUGAUCAAUCUUGGUCUUUUGAUUUCUACAUAUGUAUUAAAAAUGGCAUGUCAUGUCACAAAGUUAUUCAUCUACCAAAAUCAAUGCCGUGCCUGUGCAUAGGUAUUUCACUAAGGCUUCAUUUCUGUUUAUACCUUGUUUGCACUUUACAUAUGGCAAUUUUCUUUAUUUGUAAUAUCAAUAUGAUUUUGUUUGACAUGUAACAGAGAGACUUAUAGAUUUCUGUUCAUGACAUGUUGACAGAUUAAUAUUUUGUUGACCACAAUCAUGCUUAAAAAGUAUUCUACUGAUAAAAAUUGUGUAUGAUGUGAAGGGCGUAAUUAUUAAUUGCUGUUGUGUACAGAUAUUGACAAAGCCCAGCCUCCCACCUCCCACCCACAUGCUCAUAAUUAAAAAACGAGAUGGGCUCGCCACUUGAAAUAUUAGUCUUAUUUUCCUGCUCAAGUUAACGCCAGUGAUUAAAUGGAGCACAGAUUAAUCAUAUAAUUUAGCUAAUUUCUUUCUCGAUAACAUCCUUCCUUAUCAGCAAUACUACUAAUAUAUUGGCAUAAGAGAUAAAGGUAUUCCAAGGGUAUUCUGUGUUGAGGGGGUGUCAUUUUCGUGGAAAUUGAGUGUUAGGACUAUGAGCAGAACACCUUGUCUGUGUCAUUGGUGCAGUACUGUAGGUGUUCAUGAAGUGCGAUGGGGAGGCUACGUUUCGUCAUUGGCUUCACGUCUGCCUCGAGGCCUCUGGAACCUCCCAUCCGGAACAGUGGAAUUUCAAGCUAAUCGAACUCAGGAGACACGCGGCGCCUGUGAAAGAGGCCUUUGUCACAGAGCUCCAAACCAGAGAUGACACUAUAAUAAGAGAGGAGACUCCUGAGCACAGCCGGGGACCACAGUCCACAUAUAGCCUGCAAAGGUGACUGACAUCUCAGUGGCAUUUAAACAGAGCCUGCUGGGACGAGGGGAGAGCGGCCAGAAGGACGUGUGCAGCACUUUCCCACGAAAAGCACACUCUGUAAACACAAACUGUUGUGGCAGACUUUUGCUGAACCGGUUGGUUUGGAGUAAAUACAACUUUUUAAAUCCCCGAUAAAAUGCUUGAUUAAAAGUUUCAUAAAAGUUG